AUGCAUAAGUUCCGUAGUGGUCGUAGAAAGAAUAAUCGUCGAAAUUUCCGUCCAGAUCGGGAAAGUCGGUCUUUGGCCGAAAAUAUAUCCGAACUUGCCGUGCAGAGCGAUGGAACAUCUUCAGAUGCAGAUAGUGAACAGGACACCACAUCUGAGAACGGUUCAGGGGAAGAUGGAAAGCGCAACGAUAAAUUCGAUAUUGGAAAACCACCUAAAUUUCCCGUCAGUAUGUGGGAUUUAAAACAUUGCGAUCCAAAAAAAUGUUCUGGUCGGAAGUUAGCUCGACAUGGUUUGAUCAAAACCUUACGUCUAGGUCAAAAGUUUCCAGGUUUAGUUCUUACACCAGUCGGUGUGAAUUGUAUUAGUCCUCAAGAUAGGGAAAUUAUAAAAACAUCUGGAAUUGCUGUGGUUGACUGCUCGUGGGCUAGGUUGGACGAAACGCCGUUCAAUAAAAUGCGUUCUCCGAACCCACGGCUGCUUCCCUUUCUUGUUGCUGCCAAUCCUAUUAACUAUGGAAAACCUUGCAAGCUCUCUUGUGUUGAGGCAAUUGCAGCGUCAAUGUACAUUACCGGGUAUAAACAACAAGCUCUAUGGUAUCUGAACAAAUUUUCCUGGGGCCAUGCAUUUGUAGAGCUUAACCAGGAGCUUCUCGAUGGGUACGCCGGAUGUGCAAACAGUAAAGACAUUUUGGAAGUACAACAAAAAUAUUUGGAAAACGCCUCCAGUGACCGUGAGAUGGUGCGCACCUUUCCUAGUAGUGAAUCUGAAGAAGAAGAAUGUUCGGAGGAUGAACAUAGUGAGAAUGAUGCAGUACAAGAUGCGAAGGAAAAGGAUCAGGACAUGCUAAACAAACACCCACUUGAAAAGCAGUAA